UUCAGGACGGUCGGACUUCUAAGCUCAAGGGGAAGCAUUACAUUGAAAGCUUGCCCAUUAGAGAGAGAGUACAGAACCUGAAGAAGAGCGUUACCAUGAUCAACGAGAGAGAGUACAAAUAGAUACACAAACUGAUGGGUGGGGAGGAAAGAGAACAAAUUGGCUUGAGAGAAAAGGGGAGCAAUUGGCUUAGAGAGAGAAAAAUGGAGAGUUGAAAGGCACCUUCGAAGCAUUCACCAGGCCAGCCCAUCAUCAGCAGAUAGACAGAUCAAUCAAGCUCAAGAAGGCUGCAAAGAAGACUAGAAAGAGAGAGCUGAGAGAUUCAGAUGAUGAGCAGUACAGCAGCCACCAAGGAUGAUACGUGCAAAGUCAUUGAUAAUCCAACACCCUCCGCAGAGGCCCGACCUUUCUUUUUCCAAACUUCCACUUAUUUGUUACAAUUUGCUUCCAUCUAUGGCAUUGCUGCAGGAUACUGCAUCUCCGCAUCUUUUUUGUCUAUAAUCAACAAAUGGGCAGUUAUGAAAUUCCCCUACCCAGGUGCUCUAACUGCUUUGCAAUAUUUUACCAGUGCCUUUGGUGUCUUUCUAUGUGGGCAACUCAGGCUCCUAGCGCAUGAUCCCCUCGAUAUUCAAACCAUGUGGAGGUUUUUGCCAGCUGCUAUCAUUUUUUAUCUCUCUCUCUUCACAAACAGUGAGCUCCUUCUCCAUGCAAAUGUGGAUACUUUCAUUGUUUUCCGAUCAGCUGUUCCCAUAUUUGUAGCGAUAGGAGAGACCCUCUACUUGAAACAGCCAUGGCCCUCUCCAAAAGCCUGGCUUUCUCUCUUUACAAUCUUUGGUGGCAGUGUUAUCUAUGUCAUGACGGAUUAUCAAUUCACAGUCACUGCCUACAGUUGGGCCUUGGCCUACCUAGUGAGCAUGUCUAUUGACUUUGUAUACAUAAAGCAUGUGGUCAUGACCAUGGGGUUGAACACAUGGGGCUUGGUUCUUUACAACAAUCUUGAGGCUUUACUUCUCUUUCCUAUAGAAUUCUUGAUCAUGGGGGAAUUGAAGAAGAUAAGGCACGAUAUUUCGGAGGAGUUACAUUGGUAUUCACCUAGUGUAGUUUUACCAGUGGGUUUGUCAUGUCUCUUUGGGCUCUCUAUCUCUUUUUUUGGGUUCUCUUGUAGGCGGGCUAUAUCAGCCACUGGCUUUACUGUUUUGGGUAUUGUGAAUAAACUUUUCACUGUUGUGAUAAACUGGAUAAUUUGGGAUAAGCACUCAACUUUUAUUGGGACACUUGGACUCUUGAUUUGCGUGCUUGGGGGAGUUCUCUAUCAACAAUCCUCUAGCAAGCCUUCUGCGCCUGUUAAGCUGCAAGCCCAAAAGGAGGGUGGUGGAGAGGAGGAGAAAUUGCUUGUAGAAAUGGAGUCAACAGAAACCAAGGAUAUAGAGCAGCAACCUGAUUCGAUAGAGAAGGGGUAAUGUAUGUAGUUGCUCUUCUCGAUUUCCUAUUCUUUUUUCCCCUUUUCGAUGAUGAAAUCCUGCUCAGCUGGUGAAAUUGUUGGCUUGUACCAUUUUAGACAUGUUGGGGAUCAUUAUUACUAUAUUUUGGGAUGAGGAGGGGGUCGGGAAGGUGGGGAUGUUGUUUGAGAUGGGAGUAGAGAAUUGCUUCUCCUGGUUUCCUUUUCUGGUUUCAUGCCUCAUAAUAGCAUGAAUGAAGGUUCAUGAGAUGUGGUAUUUUGAAUGAGUGAGAGCCAGAGAGGCGUGUAAACUUUUUUUCUGCUUUUUUCUGUUUUUAUUUUUAUUUUUUUGGAGCUCUUGGAGAAUUAGUCUAUUUGGACCACCGUAUGGUGGUUCAGUGUUGCGCGAAGGAACGGUUCUGACAGACAACAAUUUGGGGACGGGAUGACAUAGUAAUUGGUCAUCCUGCUCCUGCUGAUGUUCAUUGUGUCAGUAUUGGCCUCUUCUCCGAUUAUUUCUUUAAAUUGCUCCUUCGAGUUCAUUGAGCGGUUCAUAUGGAACAAUGUAAUGUUGAGAUCUACUUGAAUCAAGAAAAAGCACUGGAGACAUUUUGUCCUUA